GUACAUGCUGUAAAGGACACAGAGGAUACACGCUUUUAUAAUUAUUUUACAAGAUGCCCAGGAAAAUUGAUGCAGCAACAAUGGAUGAAGUGGGGAUAGAAGUGGACGGGGAGAUGAGUGACAGUGAUGAUGGUGGUGCACAGAGAAGACCAAACAGAAGGCAGGCAGCCGGCAGAGGAGGUGCAAGAGGAAGGGGCCGGGGUAAAAAACCAGCCAGCGAUGACGAGGAUGAGGACGAGGAGGAUGAAGAUGACGCUCCCAAGAGACGUAGAGGAGCAAACAAUAAGAGGCCUGCAAAAAAACGUGGUGGUGGUGAUGAUGAUGAUGAUGAGAGUGAGGAUGAGGCUCCCAAAGGAAGGAAACGAGGAGGAGCAGCCAAUAAGAAACGAGGAGGAAAAGCACAGGACAGUGAUGAGGAGGACAGUGACGCGGACAAAGGAAAGAAGGGAAAGAGGGGAGGAGGGAAGAAAGGAGGGAAGGAGGAAGAGGACAGUAAGGGCAAGAAAGGGGAUGCCAAAGGGAAGGACAAGGGGAAAGACAAGGACAAUGAUAAGGACAAAAAGAAGAAGAAGAAGGGAGAUGACAGUUCCACAGAUUCAAACACGAACUCUGAUGAGGAGGAGGAGUCCAUGUCAGAGGGGGAGAUGGCCGCGCUGAUGGAGGAGGUGGAGGAGAAGAAGAAACUUAUCGCCAACAUCAGGAACAAGCCAUGGAGGAUGAAGAGGAGGCUCACCCUCCUAAGAGAAGCUCAGCAGUUUGUGGAUAAAUUUGAAGGAGCUCUUGGCAAAGGAAAAGGAAGGAAAUGGUACGCCUACAAAGUAAUGAUGACAAAGAAAUGGAUCAAGUUCCAGAGGGAUUUUGAGAACUUCAGAACAGCCUGUAUCCCCUGGGAGAGGAAGAUCAAAGAAGUGGAAAGUCACUUUGGAUCAUCCGUGGCAUCUUAUUUCAUCUUCCUGCGCUGGAUGUACGGCAUGAACCUGGUGCUGUUUGGCUUCACUUUUGGACUGGUGGUCAUUCCUGAGGUUCUUAUGGGUCUUCCAUACGGUUCAAUUCCAAGGAAAACCGUACCCAGAGCAGAGCAGGACACCGCUCAGGACUACUCUGUGCUCAUGGACUUUAAUGGCUACUGCAAAUACUCAGUCCUUUUCUAUGGAUAUUACAACAACCAGAGGACCAUCGGCCUGCUAAAGUUCAGGCUGCCUCUGUCCUACCUCAUGGUGGGGAUCGGCACCUUUGGCUACAGCCUGAUGGUUGUCAUCCGCACAAUGGCAAAGAACGCCGAUGUGGGUGGUGGAGACGGAGAGGAGGGAGAGUUCACAUUUGCCUGGAAGAUGUUCACCAGCUGGGAUUACCUCAUAGGAAACGCAGAGACUGCAGACAACAAGUACGCCUCCAUCACAACAAGCUUUAAGGAGUCCAUCGUUGACGAGCAGGAGAACCAGAAGGAUGAGAACAUCCACCUUCGGAGGUUCCUCAGAGUCCUGGCCAACUUCCUCAUCACCUGCAGCCUCGGUGGGAGUGGAUACCUCAUUUACUUUGUGGUGAAGAGAUCUCAGGAGUUUGCAACUAGGGACGACCUCAGCUGGUACGAGAAGAACGAGUUGGAGAUCAUCAUGUCUCUGCUGGGUCUGGUGUGUCCUCCUCUGUUUGAGACCAUCGCUGAGCUGGAGGACUACCAUCCUCGAAUUGCGCUCAAAUGGCAGCUUGGACGCAUCUUUGCCCUCUUCCUGGGAAACCUCUACACCUUUCUGUUUGCCUUGUUCGACGAAGUUAACACGAAGCUGGAAGAGGAACAGUCCAUUAAGAAUGCCUCCAUCUGGGCCAUGAAGGAGUACUACGCCAAUUACUCGAUGACGACCAAUGACACAGACGCCACCCCACCGCCCAUGAAUCCCGCUGACGUCAUCAGGGGACCCUGCUGGGAGACGGCUGUUGGAAUAGAGUUUGUGAAGCUGACUGUGUCAGACAUCCAGGUGACCUAUUUGACCAUCCUCAUCGGUGACUUUGCCCGAGCUGUCAUCGUUCGUUUCCUCAACUACUGCUGGUGCUGGGACCUGGAGGCCGGAUUUCCCUCAUAUGGAGAGUUUGACAUCAGCGGUAAUGUACUUGGAUUGGUCUUCAACCAGGGAAUGAUCUGGAUGGGUGCAUUUUUUGCUCCUGGGCUGGUUGGCAUCAACGUGCUCCGCCUUCUCAGCUCCAUGUAUUAUCAGUGCUGGGCCGUGAUGGCCACCAACGUCCCCCAUGAGAGAGUCUUUAAGGCCUCCAAGUCCAACAACUUCUACAUGGGUCUUCUACUACUCAUCCUCUUCCUAAGUCUGUUACCUGUGGUGUACACCAUCAUGACGCUGCCGCCUUCAUUUGACUGUGGACCCUUCAGUGGUAAGGUGAAAAUGUUUGACGUAAUCAUGGAGACGAUCGAUCUGGACCUACCUGCCUUCAUGGGGACGUUAUUCAGCUACGCAGCCAACCCAGGCCUCAUCAUACCAGCUGUGCUGCUCAUGGUACUGGCCAUCUACUAUCUGAACUCUGUGUCUGAAGCCUACAAAAACUCCAAUAUGGAGCUGAAGAAGAAGAUGCAGAUGGCUCGAGAUGAGGAGAAAAACCGCAGGAACAACACAGACAGCACCAACCAGGUCAUGAAAGAUCUAGAAGACCUGCUGCCGAAUCGAUCCCUCGCACCUCCACCUCCACCUGAGCCUGAAAAGAAACCAGAGCCAGAAUCAAAGCCAACAAAAACAAAGCCGGGAUCAGCAGGUAAAGGUGUAAACUUACAGAAAGAUGUUGCUCUGGCAUCCCAAAACCCCAACGCUCGAGGACCAGUGAGGCAGCCACCCGGCCCGAGAGGACCUGGACCUGGACCUGGUCCUGGAGCAGGCCGGGGUCGUGGGAGAGGGCCCCCACCGAGAUAACGAAGUGAGAAAUCUUUAUUCGUUUCACAGCUGGGGAUAAAAACAGACACAAAAGCAGUUAUCCUCUUUUUUUAAUCUCUGACAAUGAGCAUUGAAAGUCUCCUGAUGGUCACAUUUUUUACGAAUGAUGUAUGAAUUAAACCCACUGAAUGUAAACAAAAUGCAUUAAAG